CUGAAACUGCAACCAAGGACAUUCAUCUAUGAUAACCUUUCAAAUGAAGUCAAGAGGAAGUGAAAGAUCAUUCAUUGAGAGAGCCAUAACGUAGGAUUGGAUUCUUGGAAAAGUAAAAGAUCAAGAGGAUUUUGUGGAAACUUAGGGCAGCUGUGGUAUAACAGCUACAGCAAGCAUCACAAACUGCAGAGGAACACUUUCGGUUCUUGCAAACGAUCCUCCAAAUUCUGAAUAAACCUACCGCCAACUCGACUUCAAAUCAACUACACCUGGUGUGGUAGGACGAGGAGAGCCGCUCUAAAGGGAGAUAAAAUGAGGAUGAGUUUGGGGCCUUGCGAGUGCUGGAGUGGGGCAUGAGGAGGAAAACCAGCUGAGAAAACCAGAAACCAGCUGCUCUCGAUGUAAACAGCACCAUGCCAACCCUGCUGCCAACCUGGCACAAGAGGAACCGGACAACAGCAGGACAAACGUUCCUGCUCUUACUCUCAUUUGUUGCCUUCAACCACCAGGUAACAGGCUCAGAGCUUGAAGGUCUCAUAGCCAAACGGACCGAAUACUUAGAGAACUGCAGCAGAACUCUCAGCACGCUCUCAGAAACUGGAAUCUACUGUAAAGGAACGUUUGACAACUACGUGUGUUGGCCCCAUUCAGCUCCUGGGAAUGUGUCGGUGCCCUGUCCUUCUUACUUACCGUGGAUCAGCAAGGACGACUCCAGGAGGGCUCACCGAGAAUGUUUAGAAAAUGGGAGAUGGCGACAAGAAGAGAAUUCCUCCAAUCCCUGGAGGCAUGAUUCAGAAUGUAAGGAGGAUCAUUACUUCAAACACACGGAGGAUCAAAUGCCUCGACAUACAGCCCUCAGGCUCAUCUCUGUCAUUGGCUAUUCCCUGUCCCUGUCCUCCCUCACACUGGCCACUCUCCUGAUGGGCAUGUUGAGGAGGCUCCACUGUACCAGGAACUACAUUCACAUGAAUCUGUUUGUGUCCUUCAUCCUGAGAGCCAUGGCUGUCAUUUCAAAAGAAAUCAUAACAUACAUCAUGUAUUCCACCCGACCAAAGGAUGGCCCUGGAUGGCACUCCUACUCAAGUUCUGCGAUAAUGUUCAUGUGCAAAUUCUCCAACGUGUGCAUGGAAUACUUUGUGGCCUGUAAUUACUUCUGGCUGUUGGUGGAGGCCAUUUUCCUCCACACGCUGCUCUUCACAGCUGUGCUGACCAAGAGGCGUCUGCUGAAGAAGUACAUGCUGCUGGGAUGGGGAACGCCGGUCUUGUUCGUAACACCAUGGACAGUGGUGAAGAUUUUAUAUGAAAACGCAGGAUGCUGGUCAAAUGUGAACAGAUGGUUCUGGUGGAUAAUAAGAGGCCCGAUAACCUUGUCAGUGCUGGUCAUUUUCUUCAUAUUCAUCAAGAUUCUGAUGCUGCUGCUAUCUAAGCUGAAAGCAGAACAGGUGAAAUUUACCGACUACAGAUACAGCUUGGCCAGAGCAACACUGGUACUGAUUCCUCUGCUGGGAAUUCAUGAAGUGGUCUUCACUGUGCUGAUAGAUGAAUGUAUGGACAGCGACAGCCGCUACGCCAGAAACUUCAUCAACCUCACCCUCAGCUCCUUUCAGGGAUUCCUGGUUGCUGUUCUGUACUGUUUUGCUAAUGGAGAGGUCCAAGCUGAACUGAAGAAGCGCUGGCAGGUUUUCCUGUUCACCAACCACUUCCAGGUCAGGAGAUGUUUUCGGGGUGUGCCCCUCAAGCACCUGUGGAAGCACACUAGAGGGCAUCGUCCGCAGGGCUCUCGGCAGAGUGACUCCUAUGACGAAGCCGGCACCUCCACCAUACACCCGCAUCUGCUUCAGGUGGCUGUACGUGGAGGAGUUGGGGGGCUAGGAGAAGUUAAAUGUCAGGGGUUGAAGGGGAGUGACACACCAGGGCUUGACUUUCUCACCAGGAAGAGUCUAUCCAGUAGUGAUGGUGAAAUAACGCUUGGGGAGACCAUGGAAGAGAUUCUAGAGGAGAGUGAGUUCUGAUCCCCUUUGGCUUGUUGGUACUUGGUGGUACCAAACAUGGAUGGGUGCAACACCUGGGGAAGACUCACAGUGAUUAAGAAAAGCAUUCUUCCGAAGCUGGAUUAACAACUGGGUAAAGGUGCCUAGGGGCAAGACCCCCAGCUACCCCAGGUUUACUUUUUGGGGUAAUUUGACUAGUUGCAAAUUUGUUAGGGAACCACUAAACUGCAACAUCGACCAAGUUGGGUUUUGUGGCCCUGUCCUAUAAAUGGGCCCUGUGUUAAAACGUUGACAUUGUUUACAUUGAACUCAAAGGGUGUGUUUUCCAAAGUAAAGCUGCCUCAAACUAGUUGGCGUACAGGGUUACAGGUCCUGGUUAAUACCCCCUUCAGGAAAGUUAUCAAAAAAUAGACUGUGAUAUAGGGCUGACCCUUGGUAUUGUGUUCUUGGGAUAAUACAUUAUUUCGUUCAAGAGUAAUCUCCUAUCUUCCUAGCUUGCUAAUUUUUGUUAGGGACGAUGUCACAUGAGCAGCAUUGAUGUAGUAGAUGGUGAUCUAUACAACUCCUGUCGACAAGUUCCAACAUAGGAGGGUGAUCUUCUUCCAUUUUGGACUCUCUGGCCCCAUAGGUUCACUCAAAGUUGAGCGCUGUCAGCUAUUGACCAACAACACAACUUUCUGCAUCAAGUUGACUCUGAAGUGAAAGGUUAGCAUGGAUUGACUCAGCCCCUAGAAGCAACGUCACUGACCAGUGAUUCCUUCAGAAUUAAUUUCUUUUGAUGUGAAAUUUCACUGUUGUAAAUUCUGGGGUAACUAUAAAGAGUACUGUUUGGUCUCAUACUUUGUUGCCAUGUGACUUCUAAUGUGUGCACUGUACUUAAAGACCCUGUGAAGUGACAUUCUAACUUCCUUAAUGUGAUGUAUUUACUGUUUAAUCAUGACAGUGAAGAAUCCAUCUUGGGUAUAAACCAAUCAUUAUGGACAGAAGGGCAGUUUGACGAGCAUGGAGCGCCUUAGCAGCUGAAUUGUUACAACACAUGCCGCACGGCCUUCACAAACCUUUGGUUUCCACUGCAUAUAUUGCUACUGCAAAUGCACUGUUUUCCAGGAAGAAACAAUUCCAGGAGGUAAUUUUAUGGGAUCUUUGAUUGGAACUUGGAGACAACAGGGUAGAAACACUGCACAGUGGGUGGGUGGUUUGAGUGUGGAAAGGAGGUCAACAGGGGCCCAGCGACAAAGUCUUUGUGAUGGGUCGCCAAACCAGGUUAAUCCACCCAUGCAUUUGCCCCAUUGGUGAUGGAAUUUCUGAAACUUAAUGCAAUUUAGUGAGGUGAACUCCCAGGAACAUUGAGAAUUCAGAUAAUUCUCAAAUAUAUGAGGGAGUUCCAUAAAAUUCAUGAAAAUACCAGAAUGUAUUUUGCAACUUUUUGUACAUGAACUGCAUUUGAUCAGUUAUCAUUGAAACCAGACUGUUUAUCGAGAGGAAGGAAUAAACUGUAUACUGUAGGUUUAGAAUCAGAGAUUAAAAAGGAAAAGCACUUUCAACUCUAAAUAACUGAAUAAUUUCUUUUUGCCACAGUUCAUCUAUAAAAGUCUUCAAAGGUUAUAAACAGUUAUCUACCACAUUUACAAUAUAAACAUCCAAUGACUUACAUACAAUGUCAGGCUUAUAAUGACUCACAGCGAAUCUCAUAUAAAUGCAACAGCAAGCAUUUUCACAGUUUUAUUUACCAUGUAAAAUAAAUAUAUCAUCUUACUAUUUCAGGCCAGUUAUAAAUAUCCAUAUGACACAACGUCUGGAUUGAAAUGUGUGUAUAAAUACAAUGUAUUUGGUGUCUGAAUGUGAAUAAUGCAAAGGCUCUAUGUGCAGCAUGUUUUACAGGCUUUUCAUGUUUUUCUAUUCUUAUGAAGCUUAAAAUGUAUCAGAGGUAUUGUUGUACAGGUAAAACUAUCAGAAUUUGUACUUGUAGAUUCACAACAAUGUAUGUGCACAAAUUAAACAACAGUUAAACUG